AUGAAGAUCUUCCGCUACGGAUUUAUCUGCGCCUUCGUGCUCGCCGUCCGAUCGGCCGCCGCCAUCGACACCGGCACGGCUCCAGGACUCGCAUCGGGUGCCACCGGUGGCGGCGACGUCGACCCCGUCUACCCGACCACCAUCGACGAGCUCACCUCGUACCUCUUGGACGACGAGGCGCGCGUGAUCAUCCUGCAGCAGGAGUUCGACUACCGAGGCUCGGAGGGCACCACGACGGAAACCGGGUGUCGCCCGCUGUCCAACCAGGAGUGCAUCGCCAAGAACAACGGCUGCAAGGGCCAGGAUGUGAUCCUGCAGAGCGGUGGCAUGUCCGCCACGGGCGGCUGCACCGACGGCAUCUCCGUCGAGGUGACCUACGACAACGCCGGACCCAACCCGCUGCAGGUGCAGGGCAACAAGACCAUCCGCGGCGUCGGCACGUCCGGUGUCAUCAUCGGCAAGGGCCUCUGGAUCCUCGGCAGCAACGUCAUCGUGCAGAACAUCCACAUCACCAAUCUCAACCCGCACCUGGUCUGGGGCGGCGACGCCAUCUACAUCCAAGGCGCGGACGGCGGCGAGACCGCGCAGGAGAACGUGUGGCUCGACCACGUCAAGUUCUCGAGCAUCGGCCGCCAGAUGAUCGCCAUCAACACGGCUAGCGUCAAGAGCAUGACCAUCAGCAACUGCGACUUCGACGGAUACACCGAGUACUCGGCGUCGUGCGACAACCGCCACUACUGGACCAUGCUCUUCUACGGCACCGAGACGCAGGUGAGUCUCGUGAACAACUACGUCCACCAGACGUCGGGACGCUCGCCCAAGCCAACAACUACUUCUACAACAACUCGGGCCACAACUUCAACCCCAUCGACGAGUCCUACACGCUGGCGGAUGGACACCUGCACGGAGCCCGUGCUGCUGGACGACACGUCCAGCGCCAUCAUGGUGCCGGCGAGCGGCACGCAGUCGUACUGCGAGUCGGCUCUGGGCCGCGACUGCAUUGUCAACACGGUGGUGAACAGUGACUCCGAGCUGACGGGACAGAACGACGAGUCUGCCGUGAAGGCUGCGGCCACCGUGGGUAAGGCGUACGACGCGGCGGCGGCGGCCACGCUGACGCUGUCGAGCUUGAACUUCGGUGUGGGUGAUCUCGACGCGGUCGACGGCUCGAGCUCGUCUGGUACUACCAAUUCGAGUUCGACUGCGUCGAGCACCUCAUCUACUGUGGUCGCCACUGUAGUGCCCGCCGGGACUUCUACCUCAUCAAGCGGAACUAGUACGAGCAGCGCCUUUGCAUCGAGCGGUUCCGAUGCGGCGGUCACUCAAUCGUCGAGUGUAAGCAGCACCACUGCUCCUUCGUCAUCAAGCGGAUCGACUGCUGCGUACACUUCGACUAACUCGGCGGCUUCCGCUGCUACCACCACGAGUACGUUGCCUCCGAGCACCUCUCGCGACAACGACAUUCGCCAGGGACAGUUUGGUCAGGGCCAGUUUGGCAAGUAA